AUGAUCCGAAGCAGAAUUGUUAAAAAGGUCAAGAAAAGUAACUGUCCAAAACUUCCGGACCGUAUUAUGAAAAAUAUGCCGCACAUGGAACAAUGCAAGCCUGAGAAUAGUACCUGCAAGGACGAACGUAUCUGCUGUCCCCUCGAAAUGGGUCACAAGUGCCUCUAUCCGGAUAAUGUCCGCAAACGUUUCUGUCCGCAGGAGGACAGACUUUACUUUAUGCGUAAAACCUGCUCCACGGAUUACGACUGCAAUGGUGUGGACGUGUGUUGCAGCUAUAAGAACCUAAAGGUGUGCCAGAACGUCGCGCAAGCACUUGAAGCCAAUCCGAUAAUGAUCCGUCAGCUUCAGUUCAGACGGUGCGUUCCGUCCCGUACUACAGACCUUCAGUCAUGCCUAUGUGACGUGUUGGUUCGGUUGUCAAACGUGUUAGCUUCGAAUAUCGGAGGUGCGGGAUACAUUUCCGGUUGA